AUGGCAGAAGCUGAUAAGUUAAACAUCGACUCCAUUAUACAGCGUCUCUUGGAAGUCAAAGGUUCCAGACCUGGCAAAAAUGUUCAGCUGACAGAGAAUGAAAUCCGUGGUCUCUGCCUCAAAUCCCGGGAGAUCUUCCUCAGCCAGCCAAUCCUGCUUGAACUUGAGGCUCCCCUCAAGAUUUGUGGUGAUGUUCAUGGGCAGUACUAUGAUCUUCUGAGGCUGUUUGAAUACGGGGGCUUUCCACCAGAGAGCAAUUACUUGUUCCUGGGGGACUACGUAGACAGAGGCAAGCAGUCUUUGGAGACCAUCUGCCUGUUGCUGGCUUACAAGAUCAAAUACCCAGAAAACUUUUUCCUGCUGAGGGGAAAUCAUGAGUGCGCCUCCAUUAACAGAAUAUAUGGCUUCUACGAUGAGUGUAAGAGGCGAUACAACAUAAAGCUGUGGAAGACUUUCACCGACUGCUUCAACUGCCUGCCUGUCGCAGCCAUUGUGGAUGAGAAGAUUUUCUGUUGCCAUGGAGGCCUGUCCCCUGACCUCCAGUCCAUGGAGCAGGUGAGAAGGGUGAUGCGUCCCACGGACGUGCCCGAUCAGGGCCUCCUCUGCGACCUGCUGUGGGCCGACCCGGAUAAGGACGUUCUGGGAUGGGGCGAGAACGACCGUGGCGUCUCCUUCACUUUUGGUGCAGACGUGGUCACGAAGUUCCUCCACAAACAUGACAUGGACCUGAUUUGUCGAGCUCAUCAGGUGGUUGAGGAUGGUUAUGAGUUUUUCGCAAAGAGGCAGCUGGUAACGCUGUUUUCUGCGCCGAACUACUGUGGGGAGUUCGACAACGCCGGAGCAAUGAUGAGUGUCGAUGAGACCCUCAUGUGCUCGUUCCAGAUUCUGAAACCUGCCGACAAGAAGCUGUUCUACGGUGGUGGAGGGGGCAUGGGCUCCGGCCGCCCAGUCACUCCUCCCAGGAAAGCUAAGAAAUGA